UGAGACUAAUAACUCCCAGCCUGCCUGCGUUUCGUUUCUGUCCCGGUAGCAGCAUGACUCGUGUGUUUGAAGCUACAGUUAGCUUCGGCGGCUACUGUGUGCGCCCGCCUGCUAGUCCAUGUGUCCUCGGUGAGAAAAGUUGAUUCAUCGUCCUAUUAAUAGCUGCGCUGUUGUCGGUGUCGGAGGAGCCUCAGAGCUCCGACAGGCUGCCGCAGCAGGAGCUCCGACAUGGGCCCGAGAAAAAGGUCACAGCGAGGUCUGCAGCAGCUGCAGGAUUUGGUGGUUAAACAGGCGAGGAUCGACGUGUCUGGGUGGACCGGGGUGAAUGAGCGCACCUUCAUUGCAGUGAAACCAGAUGGCGUGCAGCGGAGGCUUGUGGGAGAAAUCGUGCGCCGUUUUGAGAAGAAAGGGUUCAAACUGGUGGGCCUCAAGCUUGUGCAGGCAUCUGAGGAUCUUCUCAGGGAACACUACUGGGACCUGAGGAGCAAACCCUUCUUCAGCGGACUGAUAGCCUACAUGAGCUCUGGACCGGUGGUUGCAAUGGUGUGGCAGGGUUUGGACGUGGUCAAGACCGCACGUAAGAUGCUGGGAGAGACCAACCCUGCAGACUCGCUGCCGGGAACCAUCCGAGGAGAUUACUGUGUGGAAGUGGGCAGGAACGUGAUACACGGCAGUGACUCGGUGUCCAGUGCCCAAAAGGAAAUCUCUCUGUGGUUUCGUCAGAACGAGCUUCAGUGCUGGGAGCACAGCUGCAACAGCUGGAUCUACAACUGAAGGUCUGUGUGCUGCUGCAUCGACACCGUCCUCUGCCAGUGUUCUCUUUACGUGGGGUGUUGUUACAAGAUGAUCACAUCGUACCUCAGAUAUUUUUUCGGGCUUUAGUAGUUUGUAGACGCACAAAGGAAAAGGGUCAUCCUGCCUUGCUGGUUGCUUUUUUUUCGUGUUUCAUUGUUUGUCUAUCUAAAGUAAGAUGAGAUGACUUUACCAAGCAAAAGUGCACUAAGGUGAGCAAUAACCUGAUCUGAAACUUGACAGUGUCUGCUUCUGUGUUCAUUGUAAUUUAUGAUAAGUCCAGAACACUAGCUCAUGUGGUCAGUUUUUAAGCAAUAAGGCUGAGUUGAAGCAAUAAAGUGUUGUGUUCAUGAGAUAAUGUGUCAGGGAAGUGGCUGCAUUCAAAUCUACCUUUAAUUUAAAUUUGAUUUGAUUUAUAUCGACAUGCAGACAGACAGGUGAUGUACUGUGGAAAGUUUAUGAAGUUGCACAAAACAGCUUAGAUUCUAUUUUGUCUAGUUCCGCUGAUAUGUACGUGACACAUGGCACUUGGAAAAUAAGCCUCUUAAUUUAAUUGUUGGUCAUUUUCAUUUAGAAAAUCUUCUGCAACAGCUGUUGUGCUAAAACCCAACACAAUGGAAGCAAAUAACUGACAAAUACUGCCUUUUCCUGCACCUUUAAGGUCAGUUUAUGCAGGAUUGUUAAAGACAGAUCACUCUUAACUACUUGAAUGUAAAGUUUCCAGCUUUCCAAAAGCAUACAGCUCUUAAUAUUGUUUUGUAAUUUCAUGUUCAUAUCAGGCUCAGUUAGCAAGCGAAAGUGAAACUGCACUGAAUGAAGUUUGCUGUUUUUAUAGAGAUCUUGCCAGUUUAGUCACAAUCGUGCUUUUAUCAACUGCUAUGACGCUGUAUUGGAAAUGUCCAAAAACAAUAAAGCUAACCUUUUUAAAA